AUGUCGCAAACUAUUGACGAGAGUGACAUUAUCGAAACUACAACCAUUGCUGUUCAUGAAGACACCACGCUGAAAGUGACCAUCCAUGACCGUAAGUUUACCUCAAUUUAUUCAUAGUUUUCGUCAUAAUUGGGUUUAUUUUGCCAGCCAAAAAUUUUUAGUAUACUCAAAAUUUUCAUUGAUAACUGUUCCGGCAGAUUUUUUAAAAUUUUUUGGAAAAAAGUGAAAAAAAUUUGGCCGCACAGUGCAGACGCCAAAAUAAAGGCGUUUUUCGCACUGCACCGUGCAGAUAUUAUAAUAUACAAAUCAAAAUUUUCAUUGAUUUUUGAUUUGAAAAUUUUAGACCUGGUCCGGCGGCAAAAGCGUAUCAUUUUGCAUCCGGGAAAAUAUGAAAAAUGUGGCAAAAUGCCUCCCUCUCCAACUAAAGAAAACUCCGUUUUGAACUGCGCGCCUUUUCUCUCACAAAAAGAGUGGCGCGUUUUUGAAAUCGGAGUUUUUUCACUUGGAGAUGGAGGUAUUUUGCUGCAUUUUUUGAUACUUCUCGGAUCCAAAAUGGUACGUUUUUUGUCAAUAGACCACUGUACAUAUAAUAGUAGACCAGAUUAAGUCUCUAACUCAUUUAUUCAGCUUGUUGCGUCAGUUCCGGAACGGGGUAUGCCCUUCUGUACGUAUUCAUUGUAUUCGUCCUGUUUCUGAUGUGUUUCUGGAGCUGCUGGCUCUACUGUGUUCGUCAUUAUGUCAAGAGGGAUUGUCAGUUGAAGAUUGAGAAGAGGAAAGAGCGGAUUCUUCAACUGGAGGAGCGACGACGCCCGGAUUUGGCGAGAUGUAAGUAA